GUUUUUUUGUUUAUCAACAUCAAGUUUUGAAAAAAUAAAUGGAAGGUAUCGGAAAUUUUUUGUUGUGCAAUUUUGUGUUUGUCCUCAUCAGAGCAAGGAAGUCGUUUGAUUAAAUUAUCAAUCAAAUUAAAGUAUUUGGUCUACGAUCAACCAACAUGUCAGUCUCGAUGGAGGUCUGCCGGACGUGUAUGACCGCGAACCAGAAAAAGCGCCCUGGAAAGCUGGUGUCCAUCUUCGCUGAAUUUGAGGGUGCAGUAAUAGCAAACAUUAUCACGGAUUGCACUGCCGUUCAGAUUGCUGAAAACGAUGGCCUACCAGUGGUAAUUUGUUACGAAUGUUUCGAAACUUUAAAAUUGUUGACCGCUUUCAAAAUUACCGCCCGGAACUCCGACAGUAAGCUACGCAUGAUUUGCAAAGAGGAAUCUGUUGAAAGUUAUGAUAAGGCCUACAUUUCUGCGCAAGUUGAAGUGUUGUAUGGGGAAUCGCAGCAACAAGCACCCGACGAAAUCGCCGAAGAACUUUUUGUGGAACCGAAAGAGGAAGAUCAGACCGACAAUGACACAGACAGUGAUUGGAAAGAAAGUGAUCAGGACACGAAUCGAACGGUGAAAAGACAGAAGCUUGGGUUGAGAUCGAAGCCAAAACCUCGAAAGAGGAUUGUUAAACCGAUGGUUUCAAAUAGAUCUAUUCAAAAAGAGAGUGACUUUUUGCUUAGUGAAAAGGAGCGGGAAUUGUUCACCGUUGUUAAGAUUCCACACGAAAGCCACAUUUGCUGCGGUUGCUUACAAUUUUAUAGCACGGAUGAGGAAUUGGAUGCUCAUCGUAAAUCAUCUCAUGUUUGGAGGAAUGAAAACAUGCGGAAACCUAGUACAAAGCCUAUCUGCGACGGUUGCCUUCGUAGGUACGAUACGCCACGCGGUUUAAACUUCUAUAAAGAAUGUGUUCGGAUGUUGGAGAUCAUUUGGGAAUGCAAGAAGUGUCAGUUUCGCUUCAAAGCAGCGGACAAACGCCGUAAGCAUCUGCGAAUCCAUUCGGAGGACGAACCCGUGGCAAUGAAGGCACGGUUCAAGGAAGAAACCAUGCAAGAAUUUGGCUGGCUCUGUUGUGCUUCAAAAUGCGACGAAUCGUUUAACACCGAACAAGAUUUAAUUGAGCAUUCGCAGGUAACUCACCUGGGCGAUAAGAAAGCAGCGGAUGCGGAGUUCCCCGAUAACCCUGAACAAUGUCUGAUUUGCUUCAGACGAUAUGGUGACCGGAGACGGCUAAUCAAUCACCAGAGAAGAAAGUACAAACAAAAUUUCCAGUGCGCUCUUUGUGGGUUGAAGUUUGCUACCACCUCGGAGCUGACGACACACGAAGCUAACGAUCACGGAAAUUGGGCGUUCAAGUGUGCACUCUGUGACAAGGCGUUCCCCCAGAAGUACAGCUUGAAUAGUCACUUGAAAACUAUGCACACGGAUGAGAAACCCCAUCAGUGCACAGUGUGUGGGAUGACUUUCCGACAGAAGGGUGGAUUGAGGACUCAUAUGUCCAAUCAUGUUGAGGUUCCACAGUUCAAGUGUGAGGUCUGCUCGAAAAUGUUCAAAGCAAAACUGCAUCUGCGGUAUCAUAUGCGAACGCACACAGGCGAGCGUCCGUACAAGUGCCGAUAUUGCGACCAUGCUUUCGCGAACAAUACCAAUUACAGAAGACAUGAAAUGACUCACACUGGAAAUAAACCGCACAAAUGCUCUUAUUGUGGAAAAGGAUUCAUUUUAAGGAGAAUGCUGAUAGAACAUGAGAAAAAUCACACAGGAGAUAUAAGAAUCGAAGAAAAACCAGUGCACAGCACUAAAAAGAAAAGCGAGUUUAUUGUUGAAUUGCUAGAUGAACAGGAUAAUGAUGACGUCGAUGAAGCGGUGGAAUGCAGCAGCGAUGAUGACACUAAUGGUCUGCAAACCUUUUCACUGCGAAACAGGCCGGUUUCGAUAAGCCUUGCCAAACCAAAAUCUGAUCCACAACACCUCUCUAAUGUCGCACAUCAAAUAGUUACUAAGCCAAUCGGAAAUAUCGUCGCAGCCACAAACAACACCAUCGAUGUCUCAAAAGCACCGGCAGUAGCCGUUUAUAAUGUAGUCCCUGCAACCACAUCGGGUAACUUUAGUUACGUUUUGAAACUUCAAUAAAAUGUAAGAAAGCUUGGAA